AGCGAGCGGUUGGUAGCGACGGUCGGUAUCGAAAUGAUUUCGUAGACUAUGAGACGCGAGUAAUAUUUAUUUGCCACUGUGUGACUUUAUGUGCCCAAUUAUGGAUUGGAAGGGAUAUGCUGCAAUUAUUCUUGCGCUGUUAGCAGGGGUAUGCUGUAACCCAGCGAAAAUAGAUUCAAAAAGAGACCACUGCAAUAAAACUGUAGAAAUAUACGAAGAUGUGUCAUCUCCGCCGGUGACACCUGAAAACUUUGGCCGACCGCUAACUUGUACAUAUAGGUUUAGAGCCUUCAGGGGGUCUCCAAAAGACUGGAUCCUCAGGAUACGAUUCAAGAAAUUUAAAGUCGGCACACUCAUAAAUGGGACCACCUGCCAUAAGGGAUAUAUGCAGAUAGUAGAUGGCAACGCGAAGACCGACGUCUCAAACAGAAAAGAACCGGGUCUGUUCUGUGGAGAGAUCGAACAGCCUCAGACCUUCAUCUCCGAGACCAACUUCGUGAAGAUCGUGUUCCACGCUGACAACUUCACAGACCAGACUUAUUUUAGUUUUGAUUCAAGGGCGGAGCAGCAAUUCGAGGUGUACCUGCGUUACGGCCAGCAUCCGGAGCUGUAUCCCAACAGAAGAGGGGAAGUGGUGGCGGGGUCAUACUGCGAGCGAGUCUUUCGUGAUUGCCGCCUACAAACGUGCUACGUCCAGUCGGCCGCAUACCCCGGCGUGUAUCCCAGGAAUCUGCACUGCAGGUAUCACUUGAACACUCGCCUGCCGUACAUCAAGCUGUACAUAGAAAACGAAGAGUUCAAUAUAGACGGACAACGCUGCGAGAACAUCAUGACUUGUCCCAUGCGGCCCAUUACUUCAGGUUCAGAGAACUGUCCAUACGACUACAUCAGGAUAUACGACGGCAAGGACGAGUCGGCAUCCGUGAUCGGCACCUUCUGCGGCAUGGGCAAGUUCCCCUACUCCAUCAUCGGCACCUCGCAGGACCUGUUCGUGGAGUUCAUCAGUUCACCCGCUGGUCCGUUACUGAACACCGGGUUCCAUUUCAACGUGGGAAACUGGCCCGGACACGUGGAGGCGCCUGGCUCCAAGAUCGGCAGCUGCGACUGGCUGCUGACAGCCGAGUCGUUGAAGAAGUCCGGAGACACCGAGGGGAUCUUCCUCUCCGUGGCGCAUUGGUACCCGCCGCACACAUCCUGCACAUAUCUGAUGCAGGGCUUCCCGGGACAAGUUGUCAGACUGUACUUUCCAAGUUUCCGCAUAAACCGCAUAGAAUCCCCCAUCGUACCCUGGACUGGAGACUGCGGGGAAUCCCUCACUCUGUACGACGCGCCGCGGCCAGAUGAUGCCAAGAUCAUAAAGACCUUCUGCGACACCUUCAGCAGACCCAUGGAGAAGCACGACUUCGUCUCCACCGGCAACGCCAUGUUUGUUAGAUUUGAGAGCAAAACUGGCAGUUACAGCGGGUCAUCAUUAUACUACUGGGCGCAUUACGACUUCUUCAACAACACAAGAUUCGGGGAACCAGUACCCAAUACAGCCUGCGACGAGGUCAUAGCGUCUUGGAAGCAGAGAGCCGGGCGUUUGAGGUCUCCCCUGAACACCCUGGUAUAUAAGCAAGCUCCACCAGGAGAAGAUGUCCACUGCUUGUACAGAUUCGUGACAGACAAACGGAUUUACGCGAGGGUCAUUUUGACCAUCAUGAGUGUCAAUUUUAAGGAACAUCCGUACACACCAGUCACAUGCCAAAACUGCUACGAAGAUAGAGCUGAUAAGUUGAUAAUAUGGGAACCCUUCCAAGGCGGAACACUUUUAAACGUAUCGUUGGGCAUUACCACUACACCUUUGCCAUUGCAUCUAGCGGUACAAAGGUCUCUCGGAUCUUGUCUGUGUGCUAAGCAUGCUAAUACCGUAAGCCGAGCACGACCAUAUAGAGUAGUAUCUUCAGGGGAAACGUUAAACUUGCAGCUUAUAGUCGAUAGUGCUCAUGCAGCGGCAUCUUACUUCAAAAAUCCAUCGCCACUUUUUGAAGCUAGAUACGAAUUUGUGCAUGGCCCUCUAUGUGGACCACCAGUUCUCGCAGCGGCGUUAGACGGUGAAAUAGUUUAUCCUCACUUAGAAGCGUUAGGGUACACUGAACCCCCAAAAAGAAUCCAAUGUAUCUGGGAUUUAGAAAUUGAGGAGAAGAGAGACAUUUGGCUACAUUUUGACAGUAUCAAAUUUGCAUCACGCCAUUGCGAAGAUGGAAACAUACAAAUUUAUUUACCUGGACGAGUUGAGCCUUAUUUAUCGGUCUGUGGAGAAAAUGUUUCCUUAGCUCGAGAGUUACCAAUUUUAUCAGCUGGCGAAUUAGGGUUUGAGACUAUAGAUGACCCAUUAUUAAUGGAAAAGGACAAAACAAGAUCUAUCAGAAUAGUUUUCAUCGGAAGCGCUUCUCCUGCACGCGCAACAUUCAAAAUCGCAUGGACUGGUCUGUAUCACUUACCCAAAAAUUCUGAUGGUACAUUAAUGACAUCACGAUUAAUUGAAGGUGGUUCUGCCAUUACAAAUUCCGGUCAUGGGUGCGAUUUCAUUUGUCCUGGUGAAGAAGCACUUUGCAUUCCUGCAAGACUUAUUUGUAAUGGUGUCAUCAACUGUCCGAAUAUAACUUCAAGUGAGAGAAAGUUUUCGACUGCGGAGGAAAAACGUGCAAGAGAAGCUUACUCUGAGGACAGUUUGCGUCGACUUGGAUAUUUAGAUUUGUUGGGUGGUAUUGCUCUAGGUCAGCUUCAUGAUGAGGCACCAGAAUUGUGUGCUGGAGCAAGGAGUGCAAGAGGUAGUGAAUGGUUAGCUCCCGCGUUGGGAGCUGCUUUGGCUAUUGCCAUUGGAGUGUGUGCUUUAGGGGCAGCUUGGCGCCUUUGCUGCCGCAAGCGAUCUCCGGACGAAGAAUCCCUGGAUUACUGACACGCGGCCCGCGGUGCACCGCAUGCGCCGCCAACUCUGCACUCUAGAUCAUCUUCAAGAGAUCUUCACUUGGAUUGGAGUCUGCAUUGACAGACGCUUUACUGAGCGCCCGAGCCCUCAUUUGUUAAAUUCUAACGGACUUAUGAUCAUAAAAAUCGAAUAUAUUGGAUACAUGCACGAACGUAUUGGUAAUUUUUGUAAGAUGAUUUUUAUUGACUUAACUACUAUUUUAUACUUUGUUAUUAGCAAUAAAAUCUUCAUUAAAUACUUGGAUUUUUGCUACUUUAAAUCGAAGGCGGUUCAUUUCUUUUUAAUUUUUUGUAUGAUAUUAAUUUAUGCUGAAAGUUAAUCUUUGUUCGUUUUUGCUACAAAUAAUUUACUACGAUUGAACCGUCUACUCAAAUAGUAUUGCACUAGUACAUAUAUUAUCACAAUAUGAUUGCAAAUUUACCUACUAGCUGAAAUAAUUGUUCCUUUUACAAGCUUAGCAUUCUUACUCACUUCAACACCCAUCUUCAUAUUCUCAUCUAUCUAUCCUAUUCUUUAUUUCAUCUUCUAUUUGUAUGAGGGUUUAAUCUAAGGCGUUCAAAAGUGUUGUUUUGUAAUUAGUGUAUAUAGGUACUCUUACAUAGUUAUCCCUACAUUUAAAGGAUGCUUCAACGGAAAAAUCAUAGGUUAGUGACAAGGUGAUAGUAGUCAUAUAUUUUAAGUGUUUAUCAGAAUGAAUGAUGAUAAAUUUUAGUGGAACGUGCACUGUUGCAAUAUCUUCUAAAAUAACAUAUUUUGGGACAACGCUCGGCUGCUCUGACCCUUUUACGAUUUUUUGUGUGAUUAUUGCAGCAGUGUGCGGCAACUAACUUUAGCUUUAGGUAUUAAUUUCUAUUGUUCUCCAACAAAGUUUACUGCCACCAACCAAAAAACAUAUAAGUGCUCUAUUUAUUGUGUGUAUAUAUAUUUUCAAGGUCAUUGUUGAACUCUAAAUCAUCACUGCCCUCAAUAGAAGCAAUCUAUUUAGUCAGACUAUUCUAGUUUGACAAAUCAUUCAGAUGAAUUUGUCUUGAUAUUAUAAUAAUAUAAGUCAAUUUUGUCACCAUAACUCAGUUACUUUUAAACUAAUCCCCAAUACAUAAAUAAACACGUCACGCUGUCGGUCACAAUCAUUACUACUAGAACCUGAUAGUCAUCUUUACUCUUAAAAAACUCUACCUUUUUGUUAUUAAAAAGCAGGUCAGACCCAAGAAUACUUGUGUUUAUAAUAAAAUAUUUUGUGAUGACUGUUGCAAUAAAUAAGAGAGACGACAUAAAUUUAAAUUUAAUGUGAAAUAAAUACGAAUAUGAAAUUAAGUUAAGAUAUAAUGUAAAAUCUGAGGUUACAAAACAUUAAGGCACUCUAUAUUUUUAAAGAAAGUCAUAAUGGAAAUCGCAUUCCGAAUAACUAUUGCUUCUUUCAAAAAAGUUUUAAAGGAAAUGCUUUCAGAUGAAAAGAUGAGAGUGGAAAAAAAGGAACCCUUUGAAUGCCAACCAGAGCCACCGCGCGGUUUCGCAAAGUUGCACAAUAAAAACUGCAGGUGAACUCCCGUUCACUUCAAACUUACGAGUUACGGAUGGAACCGUUCCUAGUUCAGACUUAAAAUUGUAAAAGUUGGGAGUUGCUAGUGAAAGAACUUUCUCCUUAACAUUAAAUUCUGUUCUAGGAGCAAAUCAAAUUGUUGCUGUAUCGGUAGAUAUACUGAGGAUGAAACACACUAAUAACACUAGUCUUAACAAUAAUAAAACAGUGACAGACACUAAGUAAAAUCCAAACAUUUUAUCAUUCUAACUGUUAAAGCAUCACAACAUUAACAUCUGGAUCUCGCGAGGCGUAUUAUUAGUAUGAUACUGGUCAUAAAAAUGCAAUGAUUUAGCCCUCAUUCGCACAAGAGUUUUUUUAACGAACGAUAAAAAAGCGUUCAAAUAUACCAUAAAAUAAAUGAAGGUCUAUUUCCGACGCCCAAAAUUGAAAAUGCAACACUGCUCGAAAAAAAGCUCCGUGUUUUAAAAACGCUGUCGUGUGAAUAUAUACUUGGGAAUGGAUUUGCUGUAUUUGAACGCAUUUUUAACGUCCGUUAUUUAAAAAGACUUUCAUGUGGAUAAGGGCUUAAAGUCUCAUUUCAUAGUAAACAAACUAGCACGAAGAAAAUAGUCACAAAACUCUACAGUGGCUAUAGCGAGUACUUCAAGCAAUACAAGAACUUUAUAGCUACUGUACAGUUAGUUUCAACUGUUCGUGCUAUAAAGAUUGUUAUUGAUACAUUGUAAAUAAUUGUAGUUAUAAUUAAGUAUACCUAAGUAGCAUCAAAUUCAAGUCUGUUUAUUAUCAUUUUCACUGCCAUUUUUUUUCUCUAGUAUGUAAAAUUGUUUACAUUCCCCAAAUACUAUAUUAUUACUAUAAUAUUUUUAUUAUAUAGAGCAUAAGUUAUUAUUAUUUUAUAGUUGUGACAUAGGUAACCAUUUUAGAUGUCCUCAAAAAUGUUGAUUUAUUUCGACCUUUUCACACGUAGCGAUUUUAACGCGCCUAUGAAAGCAUCCUCGCGCGUCAAAUUUUGCAACUUCUUUAGGACAACAUUAACAUGAAUGAUACUUUAUUUUUUUACUUAAUAUUCAAUCACAUAACAUUAACUUUGUAAACCGAAUAUAAAAACCAUUUACUGUAUUAUAAUAUUGGAAGUAAUUUUAAUCAACGAGGUCGAUAAUUACUAUUUUAUUUUCCAAGAUCCGAAAUAUAUGCCAGUAUUUAUUCUCACUUAAAGCUCUGUUAUCUCUGAAAUUUUUAAAAAGUCAAUAAUCAAUUCAGUUUUGUUUCAUGGCAGUUGGAUUUAUGAAAAAAAAAAGUAUAAUUCAUACUAAGCGGAGGUCAUUUAGAUGCGUGUAUAAACUGUGUCGUGUGGAAAAGCACUUAUUGAUAUUUUAUUUUCGCAGUUACUUGUUUUUUUUUUGUAUUUGUUAUGAUUAAUUUAAUAUCAAUAAAUAUAAGUGUUGUAACUUUUUGCACUGUUUAUAUCACUGCCUUUUGUAAUGUAGAGUUUAAAGUAACAAAAUUGGCGUUUCACAAAAGUUCUGUAACACGAAGUUUAUUUUUAGGAAUAUCUUUCAUCUAUCUGCUGAGACCUUUAAAAAAUGUUUUUUUUUAUUCCAAAUUAAAGGACUGUUGUUUAAUAUUUACUCUGUGACUGGAAAAGGAAUAACACGAUUAUAUAUCUCCUUCCGGAAUAUAAUUUGUUCUUCGAUUUUCCUCAUCCUUUGAUAAAAUGCCGAUUUCUGUCUCAUAAAUAAAUGUCUCAAAAGAAGUUUCGUUACUCUUUUUGAUAUCAUCACGAGGAAAUAUUUUUUUGCGUUUUCAUUACGUUUCGUAUUUGAUAUACAAGGAAUAGCAUAAAUGUUAUCAAUUUAUUUAUCUGACGCGAAAUCUUCUAUGUUUUUACAUAGCUACCUGCUCAUGACAAACUUUUUGAAGUUACGGGCGUCCAAUUAUUUCUCCUUGGGUCUUUUUGGAAUUGAAUACACUAUUAUUAUUGUAAAAUGAUAAUAAAUCAAGCGAAGCAGCACUUUAGAGAUCGAUGAUUGGAAUCGGAAUAAAAAUAUUAAAAUAUUUUUAAAAAGUACAUCUAUAUUUAAUAUUAUAAAGCUGAAGAGUUUGUAUGUUUGUUUGAACGGGCUUAUCUCAGAAACUACUGGUCCGAUUUGAAAAAUUCUUUCAGUGUCAGAUAAACACGGGAACAGAAACCACGCGGGUAAAACAGCGCGACGUCAGCUAGUUAUAUAAUAAAAUCAUCAAUAAGUAAUGUGACUUCUUGAUUAUUUUAUUAUCGCUGAAGAUUUCUUAAAAAAAAUCAUUUUUUUGUUACUUUAAACUCCAAUGUAAGCUCAAUAAUGUUAGUAAAUGAUUUUCUUAUCUGUAUCAGUAAUGAAAAUGAAAUUAUGAAGAUAUCGAAGCAUUAUAAUGUCAUAGUAAAAUGAACCUAAACCUUUAUAAAACUAAAUUUUGUCUGUGCUUCUCCGACCUAUCAUAUAUACCAAGCGAUCCGUUUGUGAAAUAAAUAUCUGUAUCAAUAUCAUAUCGCUAAAGUUAUUAUGUCUAUUUGAUCGUCAUUCAUCAUCAUUAUCAGCCGAUGGACGUCCACUGCUGGACAUAGGCCUCUUGCAUAAACCUCCAAGCAUAACGAUCUCGAGCCGUCAGCAUCCAGCGGUUUCCUGCAAUCUGCUUGAUGUCCUCGGUCCACCUAGUCAGGAGUCGACCAACACUGCGCUUUCCGGCGCAGGGUCGUCAAUCCAGCACUUUGAGACCCUAACGUCCAUCGGCUCUUUGUAUUAUGUGGCCUGCCCAUUGCCACUUCAGCUUCGCGACUCGCUGAGCUAUGUUAGUGACUUUGGUUCGUUUGCGGAUCUCCUCAUUUCUGAUUCGAUAACGCAUAGAAUCUCCAAGCAUAGCUCGCUCCAUCGUCCGCUGAGUGACUUUGAGCCUUAAUAAGGCCCACAGUUAACAACAUUAUGGAUAAAGGACCUAUUUGAUCAUAGUCUGCAAAUUACAUUUAUGUAAAGGUAUACGCCUACUUGUCAUCGGUUAAAAAUUAAUAUUAUUUACAUUACUCUUACUGGAUUUAAAGACAAAACGCACAUUCCUAUUAGUUACCAAUGUAAAUGCAAUAUUGUUAAACAUUUUGCUUUGUAAUUAUUAUUAUUAUUAUUUUGUGAAACUCAGUUAUUGUGUUAGAAUUAUUCGAGAAUUGAAAGUGUUAACAAAAUAAAUAUAUUUUGUACAA